AUGGCGCUCCGACUGGAAAAUGUCCACGGACCGCGUAUCGACUUUGGAAACGGCAUCGAGCUAUCGUUCGAUCUGGAAGAGUACACCGAUACGGCCGCGAUUGGAAAGGCAUCCCGUGAACUCCACGAAACACCGGACAAGGUUACGGCGUCCGUGGCCGAGCUCCGCGCGCUCAUUCGGGCGGAACCAGGGCUCCGAGUGCCACUCGAUAAGGAUGCAUUUCUGGUGCGCUUUUUGCGCCCCAAUAAAUACCACGCCGACAGCACGUUCGAGAUGAUGAAGGCGUACUACAGAAUGAAAGCGAGAGAAAACUUCAUCCUGGACAACCUGUCAACGGAGUCGAUCAAGAAUGCGCUCGAGGAUCGCGUCGUGCAGGUGCUGCCAAAGCGCGAUCAGCACGGGUGUAGGAUCAUCUACAAAGAAAUGGGAGCCAAGUGGAACUGCUCCAGAGUGUCCUCGGUGGAGAUGAUCCGUGCCACCAACACGCUCAUGGAGACGAUCGGUCGUGAGCCGCGAACCCAACUGCACGGCAUCGUGUACAUCGUCAACUUCGACAAGCUCUCCCUGUCGCACAUUGGGCAAUUUUCGCCAAAAUUUAUCAAAACGAUCGUCGACUUCGGUCAGAAGAAUGCACCGUACCGUAUUAAAGGAAUCCACAUCGUGAACAAUGCGCGCAUGUUCAACAUACUGUUCAAAUUGUUCCGACCGUUUUUGGGCAAAAAAUGGAGCCAGCGUAUAUUUGUGCAUGGUGCUGAUAGACAAUCGUUGCACGCACACAUCAACGCGGAGUGUUUGCCUUCGUUCCUGGACGGCACCUACGAUUUGCCGGAGUACGACGGCGCGGUUGUUGGGCAGCUGUUGGACUGCUACAAAGACAUGCUGGAAGAAUCGAACCAGUACGGCUAUGUUGUGGAGGAAAAAUAA